AUGCCACCAAAGCCAAAGGCGCCGUAUCAGUUGACACCCGAGCAGCAAGCUCUGCAAGCUGCAAGACGCGAACAAAAAGCGAAACGAGCAGCUCUUGCAUCCACCGACAAGCAGGGCCCGAAAUGGGAUGAGCCUGGCUACAUCUUACGACGGGAAUGGACCAACAUCCGAGAGCCGGACCAAAAUUCGUUUAAGCUAUCAGUCAUGACAUGGAAUGUGCUCGCUCAGUCCCUAAUACGCAACGACGCAUUGAAAUUUGGCACUCGAGGCCCUAUGCUUUCUACAGAGAUUAUGACAUACGACGCAGAUAUACUAUGUCUACAAGAGGCGGACAGGCUAGACGAACUCUUACCAGCCGUGUCUUCUCGCUACACCCACAUCUAUGCCGCUGGUCGCAACAAGGCCCACGGAUGCAUGAUGCUGCUACGCAAAGAUCUACUUGAAGAGGUGUCUCAUCGCGUGGUAUACUACGAUGAGGAGGACGUGCGUCAAGGAUCAUUAGAGGGCAUGGACGAUGCGACCGCCCAGCUUUGGAGAAGAGGGAUGAGUAGAGUGACAAAGAACAUAGGGUUAAUCGCUGCUAUCAAGCGAAAGAAUGAUCCUGGAGCAGGAUAUAUAUUCGCCACCACGCAUCUCUUCUGGCACCCUGCAUACGUUUAUGAGCGCUUCAGACAAGUAGGACUCCUUCUGAGGUCGAUUGCACAUUUCAAGAAGGAACUCGAGCUUGAGGAUUGGCCAUGCAUUAUUGCAGGCGACCUUAACCUUACACCCGACGACGUGACAUAUUCUACGAUGGUCGGGGAAUCCGUCACGGCUUCCCAAGAAAAAAUGUUCAGUGCCUCCCGUGUCGUGCACGUUUCAGUCGAUCCAACAAUUGAUUAUGUCCCGACAACACAGCUUCACCAAGAGGUCCAGGACGACGAAGAAGGCGGUGGCGGUGGAGAACAAAAUGAUCCUGACCGAGUGAUCACCAACUCGAGGCCCUGCCGAGAAGAGGAUGGCUUAAUGACUCUGGAAGAGUUACGGGCGCUGCACGAGUCAUCGGGGAUGUUGCCGCUUCGGAGCGUUUAUGACGAAUCGAUGCCUCUUCUUCCCACUCAUCUGAUCGAAACCGACGGUCGGGCCUCGACGAUACAAGGAAGACGUGGAUCGAACGAGCCAUCUUUCACGAGUUACACACAUUAUUGGAAGUCGAAAUUAGAUUACAUCUUUUUGGCGAUGCCUCGCAACCGGACGGCAACCGUUGAGGCGAUACUCCCCCCACACAAGAAGGCGGAUAUGGACCCGGGUCUUCCGAAACGCAACGUGUGUGGGUCGGAUCAUAUCUCACUCGGAGCGACGCUCGCAUUUGGCGAGUCAGCCAAGGUGGAACAGACCUCGUAG